AUGGUACAUUUUCCGCUAAUACGCGAUGCUAAUGGACGUUUAAAAAGUAAACCCAAUUUGGUAUUCGGCUUAUCCUUUUUGCUGGAUGCAUUAUAUUUUGGCUUGAAUGCAUACGAUAUUCUAAGAUCCAAAUACUUGGGAGUGGCUUCACAUCAGAAUGUGCCCGUUUUAAGCAUCACAAUAUUCUUUACCAUGCGUGGCAUUGCAAGCUAUAUAAAACGACAUGAUACUAUGAAUUUUCUGAACGAACUGGAUAGGAUAUUUCCCAAAGAUUUGGAGACACAAAGGUUAUAUAAAGUGGAGCAGGCGCAUAAAGAAUUUGUUAAGCGCUACAAUGCUGUGCGCAAUAUUGUGCUCAUAUCACUUAAUGGUUUCAUCUGGACACCUGUACUGGUUUAUAUGGUAACCUGUGCAGGUCGCGAUAAGUCCAUAAUCAUGGAUCAUCAAGUGCUUGGCGGCUGGCUGCCUUGGAAUUUGAGACAAAGCCACAUGGCUUAUCCUUUGGUCGUGCUCAUUGACGUUGUCUGCACUCUAUCGGGCUCUGCCUUCUUCACUGGCUUCGAUACCUUCUUCAGUUCGAUGCAGCAACAGCUUGUUAUGCACUUUGAUUGUCUCUGCCGUAACAUAGAGCUGCUAGAUGGCAGCUACAGUGAGAACUCCAAUGAUGCAGCUGAACUCUAUAAACAUAUUGGUGAAUUAAUACGCAACCAUCAGCAUUUGAACUCGCUCUGCGAUCAGUUUAAUGAUAUAUUUAAAGCAGCUAUAUUUACUACACAUCUGGUGGUUGCCACUACGAUUUGUUGUCAUUUAUAUUUGAUUACGGAAACACAGGAUGUGCUGCUGAUUAUUAAAUAUAUAUUGCCUACAUUGGUAUUGGUGGGUUUCACCUUUGAGAUUUGCAUGCGUUCCACGCAAUUACAUGAAGCUUCUCUACGCGUAAAUUCUACAAUUUACGAACAAAAUUGGUAUCAGGGCACCAAGAAAUAUCGCAAGCUUAUGCUUAUCUGGCUUAGAUAUGCAGAAAUACCUAAGGAAAUCAAUGCCUAUGGUCUAAUUGAAGUCAAUAUGAUGCACUUUACAGAUAUGAUGCAGUUGGCCUACAGACUCUUUACGUUUCUUAAGUCAAACUAA